AUGGCUCAUCGCCAGAGGACCCUCCUGGCAAGCCUUUGUGCGGGCUUGGUCCUGGCCCUGGCAGCCUGCGACUUCUCGCACUACUCUGACUACUCGCUUUGGGCUGAGGGCGCAAAGGUCCCGGACAAGGCUCACCACAAAAGCAGGUCGGGAGGUGACCAUGAGGACCCCAAGUUCGUGUCCUAUGUGAAACGUGGGUGUCGGCAGCUGGAGCGGGUUUCGAAGCUCCUGUGCGGCGUGUGCAUUCUCGCCUGCAUGAAAGCGUGCAGCGGACUGGUGGCAACCACUUCUGCCGCGACUUGGUCACCGGGGCUGUUGGCCAUCCUGGCAUAUUUUGUUUGCCAGUUCGUGGGACCCCCUGGCAUCGUUGCUGCCAUUGUCUUCUUCGGGGCCAAGGCGAAGGCUGCCAGCGUUGGUGCAAUCGCAGCAAAGGUGGCAGCAGCAAACUUAGCAGCCGUGGGCGCACUCGGCUGCGGGCUUCUUUCGAUCCUUUUCGAAAUGGCUGCAAGUUAG